AUGUGUAGGUUGGAUACAUCAGGUGACGGAUUUCUUACGUUGGAUAAAUUUAAGGAUUCUAUAGAAAAAAUACUCUCAAUUCGAAUGGGUCCAGAAUUGGCAAGGCAAAUCGAUAUAAAUAAAUUUAGUGAACAGAUUUUUGAACAAUGCGGUCUUCAUCCAACAAAGAAAAUAAGCAAAGAACAAUUUAUAGAAGGAUGUAAAAAGAACAAAGAAUUUAUCAGUUUUCUUACUGGAGAAAAAUAA